AUGCCGCCUUGGUUUCCAACCCCGUUCCUGGUACCCAUCCCGGUCUCGUCUUGGUCAAGUGACGGAGUGACAUCUUCUGAUCCCGAAGAAUUUGUCCACAUCCUCCUGCUUGGGUCCAAGCCCGGGCAUGGCUUCUUCGCUGUGUUGUUGUUCAUCGGUGUUUGGUGUUUCGUACAAGUCCCCUGGGCCUUGAUUGCUUACCAACGGCAAUCGUACUCCGGGCUUGAUACCUUGAUUGAGUGGACUCUUAAGGUUCUCGAGGGCCAACCGCAGAUUGCACGUGUGCAAUUUGUGGCCGAGGACGAUUCAUCUUCCUUUGACGAGGAGAUGGAUCGUCUGAUCGCGGGCCCAACGGAAACGGACGAGGAAAUUAUUUCUUGGGUCAUGGCUGCAGACGAUUGUCUUGAAUCUGUGUCUCAUGUGUCGGUUCUCUCUCAGUCUGGAGGUAUCUGGGUCCACCGGAUCGCCAAAAGCCUGGGAGAUGAGCAUGCACCGGACCCAGAAUCGAUGUGCAAUACCACUGACCCGGUGAACACUACGGAUGACGCUCGCAUGGACUUGGUCUCUCGGCAUCCCUGGAACUCGAUUGUUCUCUACGCCUCCGGUCAUGACGAUUCUCCAGCUCCGGCUGAGAGUCCGAUUGGCAACGGUGCGGAAGAUGAGCGUCCUGAUUCCACCCCGGCGUACUUCAGCAGGAAGAACCGUCCGUCGCAAGCAAAAAGACAUCGCGAAGGAAAGAGAGCACGACAGGAAAAGAAGGAACUAGAGCAUUCCAAUGUUUUAGCCUCUUACGCUUCCAGUGCUUCUCUUACGAUGUCUCCGAGCUCGACGCCUUUGUCGGCUUUGGCUCCGGUCUUCCCUCCUGGUCGUCUGGCGGAGCAGGAUGAGCUGCAGAGUGGUCCUCCUUCUCCAACUCCCUUGUUCGCGAAUGUGGGCAUUGAUCCUCCUGCGGACUGUGGUACGACUUCGCCCGGUAACAACGCUCUGCCUCGGCCGUCCCGCCGCCGCCGCCGUCGACAGCGUCAUGCCUAG